CUUAACCAAAUCAUUAUUUGUGGUACCGUGUGGCGAAUCACAAACAAUUUAGUUUUAAUUAUAAAAUUGCGUUCGGUAUUUAAAUUCUGCAAGGGAGAAGGUUUUUUGAAACGGUCGCUAGCAAAUUUCCAAGAUGAUUUUAGCACCUGAGGAUUGUGGGUGUCCAAUAGUAGAAGAGGGGCCUAGUCUAGUCAACUCGCCGGUAUGCAGCGGGAACCUGCUGUUUAUGGUGCUACUCCAAAGCUACCUAUGGGGCCGCUGCAGCAUAUCGACCCCAUGCAAGAGGAUCGAGUCUGUGGGAGAGACGGAGCAGGAGUAUGACUUCAUAGUCGUCGGCGCUGGUACCGCUGGCUCCAUCGUAGCUGGAAGGCUUACUGAGAAUACUACUUAUAAGGUCUUAUUACUGGAAGCAGGUGGACCUGAGCCGCUAGGAGUUCGAGUUCCAUCGUUCUACAGGACGUUUUGGGACAACCCUUACGUAGACUGGCAGAUACGUACCGUGCCCGCUGACUACUGCCUCGACCAAGAAGGAUUGGGAUGCAAAUGGCCUCUCGGGAAAGGAAUGGGAGGAACAAGUCAACUGAACGGAAUGAUGUACCAUCGCGGUCACCAUGCUGAUUAUGACUGUGACUGGGUGGAAGCAGGCGCCAAGGGCUGGUCCUGGGAUGAGGUCAAACCUUUCAUGGACAUGUCGGAAGGCAACAAACAGAUUGGGUCUCUGGUUGAUGGCAAAUACCACUCUGAUAGUGGAUGUAUGCCAAUUCAGACAUUCGCUUACCAGCCGCCUGCGGUGUACGACCUGAUGGAUGCCAUCAACCAAACUGGUCUGCCCAUCAUCAAGGACAUGAACGACCCCAACACGCCUGACGGUUUUGUUAUUGCACAGGCUUUUAAUGCUAACGGCCAGCGGUACACCACAGCCCGUGCCUACCUCCCUCCCAAGUCAGAACGGCCGAACUUGAACGUGAAACUCCACGCUCAUGUGACCAAAGUCCUAUUCAGGCGCAAGAAGGCUAUUGGAGUAGAAUAUGUGGAUGAAAAUGGCAACACCAAGGUUGUGAAGGCCCGUAAAGAGGUUAUUUUAUCAGCAGGAGCCCUAACCAGUCCAAAGAUCCUAAUGCAUUCAGGAGUGGGACCAAAAGAGACGCUAGAACCUUUAGGCAUCAAGGUUAUCGAGGAUUUACCAGUUGGAAAGAACUUGAAGAACCAUUGUGGAGCCACGCUGUACUUUAUUCUGAAAAAGGUGAAGAACAUCCAAUAUCUUGACUGGAGUGCUCUAACCGACUACUUGCUGCAGAAUGAUGGACCCAUGUCUUCUACUGGAAUUACACAGUUAACAGGUCUCUUAUACUCAAGCUACGCCAAAAAGGAGCGGAAACAACCCGACCUACAAUUCUUCUUUAACGGCUUCUACGCUGAGUGUUCCAAAACUGGUGCCAUUGGGGAACCUGCUGUUGACUGUCCCAACGCUGGUUAUAAUGUAUCAGCCAAUGCAGUGUAUUUACUACCCCGUAGCGUAGGGUACAUGACGAUCAACUCGACCGAUCCCUUCGAGCAAGCUAUCUACGACCCCAACUUCUUCUCAGACCCAGUAGAUAUGGAGGCCAUCAAGGAAGGAUUAGAUUAUUUGCACCAAAUAUUUAAUAGCCAGCUUCUUCAAGACCAAUAUGAAGUGGAAUUGGAUCCAUCAUACACUGAGAAAUGCGAUAAAGUGGCGCCAGCCUGGUCUGAUGACUGGAAGGAGUGCAUGAUCAGAGUAAACACCGACCCUCAAAACCAUCAGCUGGGAACCUGCGCUAUCGGGAAGGUGGUCGACCCAGAGCUUAGAGUUUACAAUCUUAAAGCUUUAAGAGUAUGCGACGCAGGGUCGAUGCCGUCACAGCCCACAGGGAACCCGCAGGGCGCUAUUAUGGCAGUCGCAGAAAGAUGCGCACACUUCAUCAAAGAAGCCUGGCAAUAAACCAAAUAACCACAAUGAUCUUAAAACCAUGUGAUAUGAGAUAAUUUACAAGAAUGAACUUUGUUCCCAAGACGUAACGUUCACUUCUGAUUAGGUUCCAAAAACUUGUAUUCUAUUUGCCACACAAAAAUCAACCAAGACUGCUAAUAAUAAAGUAGAUUUUUGUGUAAAUUACGGCGUUAUCUCGUGUCAUUAGGAAUUACUAUAAGUUUAUGUUUGUUCCUAUAAACUAUAUCACACACAAGUUACCUAUGUAUAUUGUUUUCUACAACCAAAAACUUAUUGCACAUUUAAUGUGUCUAUGUUACUUGAUGAAUAAAGUAUUAAAUAUUCAUCUAAAUACAUA